AUGAACCGGAGGAAUGGCAGCAAGCUGGCAGGGGACCAUGACAGCCUCCAGAUGGACAGCAAGGCCACUGAGCAGGCACCCAACAUGGAGCAGAAGAAUGGCGAGAUCAUGGACUCUGAGGAGGUGGAGAAUGGCAAGUCUGAACCCAUAGUCCCUCUGGCUAUGGAUGGGGACGUCACUGCACCUGAUGGGGGUUGGGGCUGGGUGGUGCUGGUGGCCACCAUCCUGGUGCUAGCCUUGACUCUGGCCUUCCCCUCCUGCAUGGGCAUCUUCUACACGGACCUACAAACAGAGUUCCAGGCCAGCAACCAAGAGACCUCCUGGGUGCCUUCUAUAAUGACAUCAGUGCUUCAUGCUGGAGGUAUGGUGGUAGUAGAGUCACAUCCUAUUUUCCAUAGAUUUCCAUAGUUUAACCUUAUGAAUUUAAGUAGGAUUUUUUCAGGGCUCAUUUUGCAGUGACAGAUUAAUAUAUGCUUGCAGGGAAAUGUGCUCAAAGUAAGUUCAAUGAUAAUUGACAGUAAAUUUAGUACACUAUAAGACUAUUAAUGUAGAUGUUGACCACACGUUCUUUCAGUGCACGAGCUAGUCUAAACAUGGUACAGACUUCCUUCCCUUUAAAACACUUAAAGCAGAACUUCUAAACCACUCAGCAGACUAGCAGUUCAAAGAGACUUUAAAGAUCCCAAACAGUCAUUCUGAUUCCCAUGUAAAGUAGCCAUUUGAGUGACUAAAAUAUCACCCAUAAUAAUUUUGGGGCAUAGAAAUGCUAUUUCUUUGUUGAAAAAUUACUUUUUCUCUCAUGGCUAACUACCAGGAAGUUUGAAAAGACAGGCUGAGUGGGCAGGGAGCUUAUAUUCAUGAGCUGGCCUUGACUGACAUUUUGUUUGAAAUGCCUAUGUCAAGAAACUUCUGUCUCUUCUGAUGCGGUUCCCAGCCGCACUGACGGAUGUGUUGACAUGACAACUGCGUCAGAGUUUUGAACAACCCUUUCCCCUUUUGUUCCAUGCUAGUCAAAGACCUAGCCAGCCGGUAACUAGCUAACACCAGACACAGAUGAAAGAGGAGACAUAUAAGUAUCUUUGCCGUAGAUGAAUAAUAUAAACUUUUAAUUAUAUUUGCUGACACCCUACCGUCAAAUUUUGGCACCAGUACAGUUGCUAUCUAGCUAUAUAAACCACGCCCUUUCGUAAUCACGCAUUCUCCGAUGUUGGUUACAAGGUGGUACUUAUUUAAAUUAGGUAAGAGAAUAUCAUGUAACCAUUGCUGUAUUGGAAGAGAUGGAAAACGCACACUGUCAUUUAUUUUAAAAACAAUUUUCAAAACUGAGGCUUAAAUGCAAAAUAAAGAUUUAUAUUAAAAUCAUGGUGCCCAAAAAAAUCAUAGUGCAAGAAAGUGCAUAAAUGAAAGGUGAAAACGAAACACAAACGUUUCAGCCUCAGGCUAUCAUCGGUUUGAAUGUCGGCACACACACCUGGCUUCUAUUUCAAGGAUAAUUGCAUGUCACAUGAUCAAGCAAGAAAACAUCAGAAAAUAUAUGAAUCAGUACCUAGUAGAAUAGAAUGCAUGAUAUAGAUUAUAUACAAAAUAUACUAAAGCAGACAGAGAAAUAUUAUCAAUUAUUGCUUUUACAUAUACCAUGUGAACAUUUCCUCAGAAUAAAUAACACAGGAUUGUAAGAGUAGGGAGCUAGAGAUACCACUAGAUAGAGGUAUCGAACACCAAUAAGAGGCAAUAUACUGUAUAUGACAUUAGAAGAGCUGCAUGUGAGGAACUGUUUGAUAGUUUAAUAAACAUCUUUAUUUGCAUUUAAGCCUCAGUUUUGGAUUUAUUCCUUUUUUUCGACAGUCUCCAUCUCUUCUAGUAUACUUAUUUUGACUCCUACGCACCUGGAACAGACACUAUUCAGUAGUAAGGACCUUAAAAGAGCGCAGAUGGCCUCUUACCAUUUGGUGUAUUAAAAUUAGAGUUAGGGUGAUGUCACCCUAUCCUCUUAAUAAUCCUGCUUGCUGAAUCCAAGUGUUUGACAUGGGGGAGGGACCAAUAACCUUAUGAUCAAACUUUAUCAAUGUAGAAGCAGCAGUCAUUUUUCAUACUUUGGUCAUCAUACUUUGAUCUGGUUUCAUCAAAAUAUCAUCACAUUUCAUGGAAAACAUGAUUUUGAUUGUUCAUCAGGAAAUAUUCUAUCAGACAAUAUGGAUGAUGCUAGGCAUAUAUUUUUUUCCACAACCUUUUAUUUGCAGUGUCCGUUUGUAAGACAGAGUGGGGCAGCUGAUAAAUGUGUUUUUAUGACAUGUCACUGUACAGUUUGUAUUUGUUUCAUUCUUGAACUACACUGAACAAAAAUAUAAAUGCAACAUGCAACAAUUUCAAAGAUUUUAAUGAAUUACAGUUCAUAUAAGGAAGUCAGUCAAUAGAAAUAAAUAAAUGAGGCCCUAAUCUAUGGAUUUCACAUGACUGGGCAGGAGUGCAGCCAUGGGUGGGCCUGGGAGGACAUAGGCCUACCAACUUGGAAUCAGGCCCACAGAUUGGGGAGCUAGGGCCCAGCCAAUCAGAAUGAGUUUUUCCCCACAAAAGGGCUUUAUUAAAGACAGAAAUACUCCUCAGCACCCCCUCCCCCACUCAGACGAUCCCGCAGGUGAAAAAGCCGGAUGUGGAGGUCCUGGGCUGGCGUGGUUACACGUGGUUGUGAGGCCAGUUGGACAUACUGCCAAAUUCUCUAAAACAAAGUUGGAGGCGACUUAUGGUAGAGAAAUGAACAUUCAAUUCUCUGGUUAAACACGUCCGCACACACAGAAUCCAUGGAAAGUGUGUAUGAGAGCCAACACAGCCCCUGUUUGUUUAUUUGAUAAGGGAGAUUUCAAGAGAUGUUGUCUCACCCUUACACACACCAAUGCUGUGUAGCACCACAUGAGCUGCCUUCCAUUGUUCAGUCACAGGGGGUCUGUUUCUGUUUGGAUUUCAAGCCCUUAACAUCUGGAAAAGUAAGUGUGUGUGUGUGUGUGUGUGUGUGUGUGUGUGUGUGUGUGUGUGUGUGUGUGUGUGUGUGUGUGUGUGUGUGUGUGUGUGUGUGUCAACUGCUUAAAAGCAACAACAAAGAAUCACCAGAACUUAAUUAAGUUGCUGAGUUAGAAGUUUAACUUCUGAGCAAUAUGUGGAGAAAUCAGUGAGCUGGUGGGCAUUUCCAUCGAAAAGGAUCCAUGAGCAUCAACAUGUGAAGUUCAUAAGAGCAUAUCAAAUUGGGUGUCCAAUGAAAGCUAGAGUCUAUAUUUUUGGGAAAUGAAGGCAUAGAUACAUUUUUUUCAACCAUUUUCCAUCUUAAAAAUUAGGCAUAAGUAAAGGCUUUGAAUUCUGGAUAAACAGAUGGAAAAGGGGUCUAAGAAAACAUCUACCAGAAAAGGUCUUAAAAGGUAUCAGAAAUACAUCAAACUACAAUAAUGUUGACAUAAAGACCCCUGCCAACUAAUAUCAACACAUAUAUUUAGUUUUGGAUAUUUUUUUUAACCUUCUGUAAGUUUAAGAAAUAUUGCCUUGUGCAUUGUAAUUCCUUUACCAAAAACCCCACAUAUCUUUAAGGAGGGAGGAUAAUAAAAGUUCACAGAAGUAAUAAGUAAUGGUAGACCUACCAACUAGUUAUAGUGAUUUUACUGAUACAAAUUUUGUUCAUGAUUUAUUAAGUGAUUAAAACUCGUAAUUCCGUUACCAAAUUGGUAAUAGAAUUACAAAACGAUCAGUAAGGAAUUACUGCAACUGAUUUGGCUACAAUGGGAAACCAUAAUAAUCACAAACCACAGUUGGGUCACCUGCUACUGUCCUCCCUUCCACUGACAUAAUGUUAUGUUUAUGCUCUGCUGUGCUUUACUGUACUGCAGUGUUAUGUCCAAACUUGUGAAACAUGAGGAGAAUAACAUUUAUAUCCAUAAUUAUGCAUUUCUGUGUAGUACAGAUCAGGGACCCAUGAUGUAAUUUGAUUACUGUAAUUCCGUUACCGGGUGUAAAUCCACUUCACUUACCGUAGUUCAAUAACCAAAAUAUCUAUUUUUUUAUAUUAAUUCGGAGCAGAUAUUUAAGAGUUUUAAGAAAACAUUUUCACAUAAAAAAACUGAGGGAGAUUUUAUUGUAAUUCCGUUACCAACGUUUGCAUAUGCACAGUUCUUCCACUAUAUUUGUUUUUGUAAAUGUUGCAGUGGAAAUUGUUAAAAGCAGUCCUUGUGCAUAGGGUUGUAUGGUUUGUUUAAAAAAAGUGGUUUUUGUUUGGCAUACAUUUUAAAGGGACAAAACUGAGUCAAAGCGCAGUGUCAGGGUGUACUUGCAAUCUACCUAUCAGUUUUUACUACUUGUUGCACUUAAGUUCCCUUUGGUGCACCACUUGGCUCCACUAAGUAUAUCUCUACAAUAUCUAACUGGGCAUCUUACUGAGAACUCCAUAUUGCUGCCAAUGCUUGAUUAAAUACUAAUUCCAAAAAACUGAACAUAGACACACAGCCGCGGGAAGUACGGGUGCUAAGGGUGCCACAGCAUCCCCUGAAGAAUCUGUUAAUAAAUCUGUUUUUUCACAAAAGUAAUGCACUGGGCCUUUACUAGUCCUGUAUUAGCAGACCGAUAUAGCCUUCUGUAGUGCAGGCAAAUUCUUUUUUUUGGUAGGUGUGUAAAAAAAUACAAAUAAAAUAAAGCAGACGCUGAAUAUCCCUUUGAGCAUGGUGAAGUUAUUAAUUAGGCUUUGGAUGGUGUAUCAAUACACCAGUCAUUACAAAGAUACAGGCGUCCUUUUAAAACAGUUACAGAGUUUAAUGGUUGUCAUAUGAGAAAACUGAGGAUGGAUCAACAACAUUGUAGUUACUCCACAAUACUAACCUAAAUGACAGUGAAAAGAAGAAAGCCUGUACAGAAUAAAAAUAUUCCAAAACAUGCAUCCUGUUUGCAAUAAGGCAGUAAGUAAUACUGCAAAAAAACGUUUUGUCCUGAAUACAAAGUGUUAUGUUUGGGGCAAAUCCAACACAACAGAUCACUGAGUACCACUCUUCAUAUUUUCAAGCAUGGUGGUGGCUGCAUCAUGUUAUGGAUAUGCUUGUCAUAGGCAGGACUAGGGAGUUUUUUAGGAUGAAAAUAUAGCUAUAAUCACAGGCAAAAUCCUGGAGGAAAACCUGCUUCAGUCUGCUUUCCAACAGACACUGGGAGACGAAUUCCCCUUUUCAGCAGAACAAUAACCUAAAACACAAGGCCAAAUCUACACUAGAGUUCCUUAGGAAGAAGACAUUGAAUGUUCCUCAGUGGCCUAGUUACAGUUUUGACUAAAAUAGGCUUGAAAAUCUAUGGCAAGACUUGAAAAUGGCUUUCUAGCAAUGACCAACAAUCAACUUGACAGAGCUUGAAGAAUUGUAAAAAGAAUAAUGGGCAAAUAUUGUACAAUCCAGGUGUGCAAAGCUCCUAGAGACUUACCCCAAAAGACUCACAGCUGUAAUCAUGUCCACAUCUUCUAUAAGUAACAUAAUUGAGUUGCACAAUACUUUUUUUUGAUAAUUUAGGAUGAUUUGAACAUGUGUGAAAAUGCUAAUAUAGGUACCACUGACUUGCUUUGGAUUUGUGCCACAAAUGCUAAAAAGUUUGCAUUUCUAGCAGUGGCCAACCAAACCAUAGCAUGGGUUGCUGUCCUACCUUGUCAAUAGAUUGCUUACAGGGGAAGGAAACGAAUGUAAUUUUGUAAUUUGGGUGAACUAUCUCUUUAACAUUGAGUGGGGUCUUCCAACUUUUUUCACCUAAUAGCAGGAACACCACCAUCUAGUAGUCAGAAUCUGGUAAUAUCAGGAUGUAGGAUGGGACAUAAACUUAACAACUUCAAUUACUAAUUUCUCUGAACAGGGGGAAAAAACAUCACCACAUUCACUGGGAAUACAUUACAUAGGAUGAAGAAACAAUAUUCCAAGCCACAGCUCCAUAUUACUUAUGAAACACAGAGAACUGGUCCCCUGUAGCUCAGUUGGUAGAGCAUGGCGCUUGCAACGCCGGGGUUGUGGUUUCGUUUCCCACGGGGGGCCAGUAUGAAAAUGUAUGCACUCACUAACUGUAAGUCGCUCUGGAUAAGAGCGUCUGCUAAAUGACUUAAAUGUAAAUGUAGAACUGAUACUAUAUACUUAUUGUUGGGGUGGGAUUGGCAUGGGGUGUGGGGGGUCCGUGGGUGGCUUUUGACCAUUCCUUUAGAUUCCUCAUGUCUAAUUCAUUGUUAGAAAAACAAUUUCAGAAUAAUCUGAGAUGGUGGGUGUCGAAAUCCUAUCUUGUGCUUUUUGAGGUGGAACGACCCUGUACUUUCUUUUAGGUUUUUGUGUGUUUUAACCAAUAGCAUGUCUCCUCCUUUAGGUCCAUUUUGCAGUGUAUUGGUGGAGAGGUUUGGUUGCCGGGCGACGGUGAUGCUGGGCGGGGUCCUGAGUGGGCUUGGAAUGGCGGCCAGCUCGUUCACCCACACCAUCGCUGAGCUCUACGUCACAGCUGGGGUUAUCACAGGUCACUGCGCUCCCACAUACACACAUGGAGUCACUCCACAUCAGUGGCGGUCGGUGACGUUUAAGAUGAGGGAGGACAAUAAAUUUUUUUAUGAGCAUGUCUUUAUUUCUAUUACAGCAUAUUGGAUGACUGUCAUUUACAGUGCAUUCGGAAGGUAUUCAGAGCCCUUCCCUUUUUCCACAUUUUGUUACGUUACAGCCUUAUUCUAAAAUUGAUUAAAUAAACCAUUUCCCUCAUCAAUCUACACACAAUACCCCAUACUGACAAAGUGAAAAUUUUAGCACAUUUAUAAAAAAUAAAAAACAGAAAUACCUUAUUUACAUAAGUCUUCAGACCCUUUGCUAUGAGACUCAAAAUUGACCUCCGGUGCAUCCUGAUUCCAUUGAUCAUCCUUGAGAUGUUUCUACAACUUGAUUGGAGUCCACCUGUGGUAAAUUCAAUUGAUUGGACAUGAUUUGGAAAGGCACACACCUGUCUAUAUAAGGUCCCACAGUUGACAGUGCAUGUCAGAGCAAAAACCAAGCCAUGAGGUCGAAGGAAUUGUCCGUAGAGCUCCGAGACAGGAUUGUGUCGAGGCACAGAUCUGGGGAAGGGUACCAAGAACACAACAUUUCUGCAGCAUUGAAGGUCCCCAAGAACACAGUGGCCUCCAUCAUUCUUAAAUGGAAGAAGUUUGGAACCACCAAGACUCAUCCUUCCUAGAGCUGGCGGCCUGGCCAAACUGAGCAAUCGGGGGAGAAGAGCCUUGGUCAGAGAUGUGACCAAGAACCCGAUGGUCACUCUGACAGAGCUCCAGAGUUCCUCUGUGGCGAUGGGAGAACCUUCCAGAAGGACAACCAUCUCUGCAGCACUCCACCAAUAAGGCCUUUAUGGUAGAGUGGCCAGACGGAAGCCUCUCCUCAGUAAAAGGCACAUGACAGCCCGCUUGGAGUUUGCCAAAAGACACCUAAAGGACUCUCAGACCAUGAGAAACAAGAUUCACUGGUCUGAUGAAACCAAGAUUGAACUCUUUGGCUAGAAUGCCAAGCAUCACGUCUGGAGGAAAUCUGGCACCAUCCCUAUGGUGAAGCAUGGUGGUGGCAGCAUCAUGCUGUGGGGAUGUUUUUCAGCGGCAGGGACUGAGAGACUAGUCAGGAUUGAGGGAAAGAUGAACAGAGCAAAGUACAGAGAGAUCCUUGAUGAAAACCUGCUCCAGAGCAAUCAGGACCUCAGACUGGGGCGAAGGUUUCAACAGGACAAUGACCCUAAGCACACAGCCAAGACAACGCAGGAGUAGCAUCGGGACAAGUCUCUGAAUGUCCUUGAGUGGCCCAGCCAGAGCCCGGACUUGAACCCGAUCGAACAUCUCUGGAGAGACCUGAAAAUAGCUGUGCAGCGAUGCUCCCCAUCCAACCUGACAGAGUUUGGGAGGAUCUGCAUGGGAGAAACUCCCCAAAUACAGGUUUGCCAAGCUUGUAGCGUCAAACCCAAGAAGUCUCAAGGAUGUAAUCGCUGCCAAAGGUGCUAAAAUACUCAGUAAAUGGUCUGAAUACUUAUGUAAAUGUGAUAUUUCCGUUUAGACAUUUUUGCAAAUCUAUUAAAAAUAACAAACACCUGUUGUUGCUAUAUCAUUAUGGGGUAUUGUGUGUAGAUUAAUGAGGGGAAAAAACUAUUAAAUCAAAUUUAGAAUAAGGCUGUAACAUAACAAAAUGUGAAAAAAGUCAAGGGGUCUGAAUACUUUCCGAAUGCAUUCCAUUCACCCUUCUCAACGUAACAUCGAUAGGUUUAGGCUACUACAUGAUACUUGAAUUUUCCCUAAAUCCAUCAUGAGGUUGCUACAACCUAGCCUAUGAAUGAAAGUUUACAGCGUAGGUGCACAGGUCGAGAGAAAAAGGAGAGUAAUCAAGGUGACAGACAGUGACACAUUCAAUACUGCCUUGCACACUCUUGCCUACCUCUAGCUGAUCUAGGGUGUAACCAUUAGUCAAAUUCAGGUAUGUUUAUCCCCGUUUCGUUCCAUUUGCUUCUGUUAAAUAAAAGUUUUUCAACAGAAUCGAGGAAUGAAUACACCCCUGAUCACACGCGAACUCAGUUCACUGUCAUAGCAGCCACAUACAAACAGAAUUAACAUUUUGCUCGUUGUAUAAUUCCUUAGCUGAUGUGUUGUGCACUGAAGUCCACAAGCGGUCUGUGACCAGGCGAAAAAACCUUUCUAAACCAAACCUUCAUAUCAUAAACACUAACCACUACACACAGCCUAAAUCAUUGUCACCAUAUUAGCUAACGACGUUCGUAACGUCAUAGUCAACAUAGCUACUAGAACUAACGUGUUAGUAAACCCGCUACAAUCAUGCAGUACAGCGUACAGUGAGCAAGAAGUUUAGUAGUUACACCGGCAGGCCCCGGUGGCAAUAAAUUAGCUUAUUAGCUGUAGCUUAUGCUUUCAGUACUAGAUUCGUUCUCUAAUCCUUUGAUUGGAUGGACAACAUGUCAGUUCAUGCUGCAAUAGCUCUGAUAGGUUGGAGGACGUUCUCCGGAAGUGUCAUAAUUACUGUUUAAGUCUAUGGAAGGGGGUGAGAACCAUGAGCCUCCUAGGUUUUAUAUUGAAGUCGAUGUACACAGACGGAAACGAUCUGUCCUCCGGCUACACCAUGGUGCUACCCUACAGAGUGCUGUUGACGUUACAGUAGACCUUCAUUGCAAAACAGUGUGUUUUAAUCAAUUAUUUGGUUAUGUGCAUAUAUUUAGUAUAGUUUUAUCUCAAAAUGAUAAAUUAUAUUUUUAUUUUGAUACAUUUCACUGAGGAGGAUGGUCCUCCCUGUCCUCUGAGGAGCCUCCACUGCUCCACACAGCAGUUAACCCCUAACCACAGAUCUAGAAUCAGAUUAACCCUACAUUCUAAUCCUUCCCUUGAUUAUUAGGAAAGGUGAAUAAAUCUGACCCUGUAUCAGUGGAUAGGGGCAACCUCCCAUGCAUUCAGCCAUGUGCCUUAUCCAUUGUCUUCUCGUUUGACAGGACUUGGAUUCUGCUUCAGCUUCCAGCCUGCAGUGACUAUCCUCGGGCACUAUUUUGUGCGGCGGCGGGCUUUCGCCAAUGCCUUGUCGUCCACGGGCACGGCCCUGGGCCUGUGCACCCUGCCCCUCCUGGGCAACUACCUCCACACUGAGCUGGGCUGGCGUGGGAGUUUCCUGGUGCUGGGGGCUGUCCUGCUCAACUGCUGCGUAUGCGGAGCUGUGAUGAGGCCCCUGGGGGGCCCCAGACAUCGUGGCCAGACCCUGAUAAACCACAGGCCUCUUCAGCUGGAGGAGAAGAAGCUAAAGGGGAGAAUGAGGGCCUUGUGGGCCGGUCUGAUGGCUGCCGUGCGGCAUCACAUGGCCUUUGACCUCUUACGAAACAACCUGCGCUACCGUGUGUACGCUGUGGGCAUCACCUGGAUGAUGCUAGGCUUCGUGGUGCCGCUGAUCUACCUGGUUCCCUACGCCACGGCCCACGACAUGGAGCAGAGCCAGGCCGCCCUCCUCCUCUCCAUCCUGGGUAUCGUUAACAUUGUGGUGCGGCCUCCCAUCGGUCUGCUCUUCAGCCUGCCCUGGUUCAAGGGGUGCCACACCUACGUGUUCUCUGCUGCUCUGCUGGUGAAUGGGCUGAGUAAUAGUAUCUGCUGCAUCGAUGCCAGCUUCCCCGUGCUGCUGGCGUACGUGGUGACCUACGGCCUGUCCAUGAGCGUGGUGGGCUCGCUGAUGUUCACCGUCCUCAUGGAUACGUUGGACAUGAGUCGCUUCCCCGCUGCCCUGGGCCUGCUCGCCAUCAUGGAGAGUGUCACGCUGCUGAUCGGGCCCCCGCUCGCAGGUACCGAACUCACUGAGGCAUGGAGAGUGUGUUUGUGUGUGGGUGUGUACUGUGUGUCUGCCUCCCCCCAAUGGAAACCAGGCGAGGAGAUGUCCUAUUCAAUGAUUUAAUUACAUGUUUCAUUUAAUGAAUCAAGUAAGUGCUGUAGCGUAACUUUGAGGAGUGCUAGACAUGCCAACGAAACCCUUAGCUACAAAUAACAACACACACAACAUUGUGGUCAAAGGCAAGCAGCAUAUCCUGUUGCUUGGAUCCCAUGGACAUCCAACCAAUCAUGUGUUUCCAAGGGAAACAGUGUGUUCACAUGUGCUUGUAUGUGUGUGUACAUCCAAAUGUACAUGCAUGUGUGCUCGUGCCCGUGUGUGCAUGUUGCGGGGGGUCUUAGAAUAACUAGCAGACAGACUUGAAUAAGAAUGUAAUGUUCAGCCCUGGGCUCCCUCUUUCCUGGGGGGGGGGGGGAGGCACUGAAAUAAACAGGGCGGCUCUCUUAUUUCAGUGCCAUUCCAGCUCAAAUGUCAGGUAUGCAGCCUAAGUUUUACUGCUUAUGUGGUUGGCUAAGUUUGCCUGUGCAAUGGUAAUACUGUAUGUUAUUGGUGUAGUUAUCUCGUUAUCUCAUCAUGAUCUGUCUUUCAUGUACUGUAAGGGCUCUACUAAUGCUGAGAUUGGCUCCUGUUAUUGUUGUUGAAGAUGUUUAUGUUGUUGUUGCAGGAAUCCUGGUGGACAGAACGGGGGAAUAUUUCUAUGUCUUCUUCGCCUGCAGUGCCACUGUUGCCUCAUCGGCUGUAUACCUCAUGGUGUCUUUCUACUGGCUGGACAGAAGGGACAGGAGGGCGCUAAAGGGGCAGCAGGUGCCACCUCAGGUCCCCCCACCAAAGCCUGCCAGUGGUAACAAUUUGGUCCCCCAGUGCCAGUACCGCAGUGUGCCCACAGAGGGGGACAAAGACAAGGCCUCAGACUCUGAGACGGGGGACAUCACCUGC